GUCCAUGUCCCUGUGGGAGUGGCUGAAUCAGGAAUCCCUCCUGUCUACUGGUGUACAGCUCACUAUGUGGAAAUGCUGCUGAAAGCUGAGGUUCCUCUGGUCCACUCUGCCUUCAGGAUGUCUGGUUUCACCCCAUCACAGAUGUGCCUCCACUGGCUGACUCAGUGUUUCUGGAACUAUCUGGACUGGACAGAAGUCUGCCACUACAUCUGCACCUGUGUGCUGAUGGGUCCCGACUAUCAGGUUUACACGUGCGUGGCCAUAUUCAAACACCUGCAACCAGACAUCCUGCAGCGCACACAGUCCCAGGAGCUGCAGGUCUUCCUCAAGGAGGAGCCGAUCCAGGGCUUCAAGGUCAGCGACUACCUGGAAUUCAUGGAGGGACUGGGAGAGAAGCUACAGAGACACUGUUCUCACUGA